GUUCCAGAUCCGCCCGGGUCACGUCUCACGACCUCAGUGCAGAAUAAAUGGGCCUAUUUCUAAAGCAAAGCCCAUCCCGAUAAUGACAAUAUCGAACCUUCCAGAGAGAUCCCCUCAGCUUUUUAAGAACCCCACGUCUGCUUUUUCCCUCAGCUAUCUCUUUGUCCAAAAAUAUCUUGCUGUCUCUUCGAUUCUCUAGGAUGCCAAACAGAUUUCCAGGAGCCUUGAGCCAGGAUUGGGAGCCAGUGGUUCUCCACAAGUCGAAGCCCAAAGCGCAAGAGCUUCGUGAUCCAAAGGCCGUGAACAAGGCUAUCCGGUCAGGCGCGCCAGUCCAGACCUUGAAGAAGUUCGAUGGCGGUGCGAACAAGAAGGCGGCUCCGAUCAUGAACACGAGGAAGCUGGAUGAAGGAACGGAGCCGGCGGCUUUGGACAGGGUAUCGGUGGAUGUGAGACAGUUGAUACAGAAAGCGAGGUUGGAGAAGAAGAUGAGCCAAGCGGAGCUGGCUAAGCUGAUAAACGAGAGGCCUCAGGUGGUUCAGGAGUACGAGAACGGUAAGGCAGUGCCGAACCAGGCGGUGCUUGCGAAGAUGGAGAAGGUUCUAGGUGUCAAGCUUAGAGGAAAGAUCAGCAAGUGAUGUUGGUUGUUGUUCUUACUAGUGUCUUGUCCGUCGCUCGUGAUUUGGAUUUGGUGCCUGGUUGUGAAAAAAGGUUCUAAAUGUUAGCAAAAAAUAAUAAUAAUAUGAUAAGAACUUUAGAGUGAGAGAAAA